AGCUCUUGUAUCCGAGGAGCAGCAGGCACAGAGCAAAAGAGAGGGAGGUGAAAAAGAGGAUACCAGGGAGAGAGAAAGAGACAGAAAGAAAGAGAGGGGGGAGAUAGGGACAACACCUCAUCAAGGAGAAAAGGACAGAGUGAAAGGUUGUAAACAACACACAAUACUGCUUAAACAUGACCUUGGCAGCAUAUCGAGACAAGGUGAAGGAGCUCCCUCUAGUGUCACUGCUGUGCUCCUGCAUCAGCUCAAACCCUGCGGAAAACCCCACAUACAAGGCUGAGGAUGUGGUGGAUCUCAACUGGUGUGUGAUCAAAGAUAUGGAGGUCAUCGAGCUGAACAAGCGGGCCUCGGGCCAGGCGUUUGAGGUGAUCCUGAAACCCCCCUCUUUUGAUGGUGUGCCUGAGCUGAACACAUCCAUGCCCCAGCGUAAAGACCCCUCACUGGAGGAGAUCCAGAAGAAACUGGGAGCCGCUGAGGAGAGGCGGAAGUUUCAGGAGGCUGAGAUGUUAAAGCAUCUUGCAGAGAAGAGGGAGCACGAGAGAGAGGUCAUCCAGAAGGCCUUUGAGGAGAACAACAACUUCAUUAAGAACGCUAAAGAAAAGUUGGAGCAGAAGAUGGAGGCCAACAAAGAGAACCGUGAGGCUUUGCUUGCCGCUAUGCUGGAGCGACUACAGGAAAAGGACAAACACGCAGAGGAGGUGAGGAAGAACAAAGAGCUGAAAGAGGAGGCCUGCCGGUAGAGGAGCGCCUGCUGCGCGGGACUGCUUUGACUAUAGUCAAGGGAGAUGAAGAGAAAAUAAAGCAAACGGUAGCCAAUACAUCUCAAAAAAGGGGACAUAUUGGACAUUGAUAAUGACAAUUUGCAACACACCAAGCUUUUGUGAGGUUUAACAACAUCAAAACUACUUAAUAUUAUUAAAAAACAGAAAGAUAUUGUCUAGAUGACAAUGCAAGGUGCACUAAGGGUAUGUUGCUUGGCAGAGCCCGGAAGGUUGCUUCAGAGAAAAAGAACGAAUAUACCAAACCGAUCUUUAGAAAUGACUCGAAGAGGACAGAUAGAAAAAUUGAUGAAGAGAUGCUUUUUAUAACCUCCAUAACCAGUACAGAUGAAUACGUUAACAUAAACUACAUAUUAAAGUCACACUUCACUAAUGGCAGUAUCACAAAAGCAUCUUUUUCCAAAACACGUGCCAUCUAAUGAGGCUUUGGCUCAUGCUUCUUUAAUUAUCAUUUGAUAUUAAUAUUCAAUAAUAGGGUUUCAUAGAACCUCAGGCAUGCUUGUGUAAUAUAUUAAGCAUCUGUAAUCAGGUGACUAGAGGUUUAUCUAUCACAUUAUCUGUCACAUUUCCAGUUGUGAGGUAAAAAUAUGAUCAAAUGAAUACUAGUAAAUUCUCAUAACCCUCUCAGAUACAUUAAAAGUGGAGCACAGUGACACUUUAAGCACAACUCAAAAGCACAUUUAGCUUUUUUUCAAUCAUUAUAUUUGUAUUAUGAUGCUCAUCAGUAGGAAAACACAUAAGCGGCAUCUCAGAAAUGAAGAAUGAUAUCACUCAGGUGUGACAAAAAGAUCCUCUUUGGAUUUGGGAAAUAGUUUUAGAUAUGAAUGGUGCACUUUGCUUUGGCAUGUCACUGAGCUUUAUUCUAGUCAUUUAUUUUACGAAGAAAUAGAAGUUUGAUGUUGGUGUCUGCAGCGUCAGAAGAGCUGUCGUAUGUGCAAUGCUCAGAAUUGUUGUUAAUCGACCAGAUUUGGUGAGAAAAUGGAAUGUAAAUCCUCCCUGUGUUUGUAAUUUCCAGAUGACUAAAUUCUCUAGUUCGAAUCAAAUAAAUGCUUCUCUUAACUAAA